AUGACAGAUAAGCGGCAGGGGAUAACGCUGCCACCCAUAUCGAAGGCUGUAAAAAAGAUGAGACCAAAUGAGGCCGGAUCAAAUUAUAAAGAGAAUAUAGACGAUGUGAAUAAAGUACGGAAAAUCCCCGCUAAGACGACGUAUUUUUUCCAGCCCAGUAAUACGCUAGCGUAUAGGAACAGUGGAUCUAAGGAAACGAAGGAUAAAAUGGGUGAUAGCGGUUCAGCAGCACAUGUGUUGAAGGAAUCAGAUACGAAUGCAAUAUCGUCUACGAACGCGAACCUGCUGGCGCAACAGAUCAAGACUCCGUCGAAAACGUAUGAAAACUACGAGAAGUUCAUUCAGGAGCAGCAGAGCUCGGACGAUAGUUUUGACGGUAUACGGUGGAGGGCUAGUCCUCGAAAGGCCAUCAGUAAGGGUGUGAACGGGGUGCCAUCGUCUCCGUUGAAGAAUACCGUAUCGCCACGGAAAAGGGGAGACGAACUGAAGCUGUCGUCCACAUUAGUCAAUGAACAAGCCAAUUCGGUGCUAUCGAAGUAUGGGGCAGGAUUCCAUAAUAUUCAGUCGCAGACACCGACUAUGAACAGAACGCAUUCGGAUAUUUCGUCAUCGGAGAGUGUGCAUAAAAAGUUUAUCAAUGCACAACAUUCGCCCUCAUUGACCCGUACAAAGUCCUUUGGAAUGGAUAAUCUUGUCAGCUCAAAGACAAUGUCGAUGCUCCAACGGUUCGAACGACCAAAUUCAAAAUCUGCAACACCCAAAACAGCCGCAUCAUUUUCAAAUUCUACCUCACUCAACAGCUGGAUUGAUAAGUUUGAUAAGAGUAAUCUGAAGGCGGAAACUUCUCCUUGUGCUCUUGAUUUGGAAACUAUAGCAUCAUCGGCCAAUGAGAUAAUCCAAUCGGCCCAACACCCAAAUCACCAUAACGAACAUGAGCUUAAGUGCGAUACUAGUGCAAGUGUGCAAGAAACAGUUGUUACUCAAGAGGUUUUGAAUGGUAUUGACUUCAGUGAUGAUUUCAGUGAUUCUGGUUUAAUGACCUCCCCCAAUAAACCUGAAGAAAGUGCCAAACUUGAACCUGUUCCAGUUGAUUCUGAUGACCCGUUUUCGUCUGAUGAUGAGGUGGUAUUGACUGCUAUAAGAACACAAUCGAGAAAAUUGGAGGAUAAGUCACAGUCCCAAUCCAUUGACGAGGAAGACUCGGAGGAUCCAUUUUCUGAUGACGAUGUGAAAUUUUCACAACUCGAUACGAAAAUAGAGACUCGGCCUUCAUCAUCUUCCCAAAAAUACUUGACUACACAGCAAAAAUCGGAUAAUCGACACGCAGAAUCGUUCCAGAAUGAUGUUAAGAGACUUGAAAACCUUCAAUCAAUCGAUAAAAGUAUUAGUGAUAAUGAUAUUAAUGAUGCUAAAUUGUCGUAUUCCCGUCCUGAUUUGCAACGGUUUCAAAUAAAGUCCAUAUUAAAUAACACUUACAAAGUUCAAAACAGAAUUAGAAAUCAGGCUAUUUUGAUAGUUGUUGAUGGAAAACUUGAAGAACUGAAAUUAAUUCUAAGAGGAGAAUAUUUACAACUUGAUUUUCAAAUCAAUGACGUAAUUCAUUUGAUCCUUACUGAUCCAUCUCAUCCUAAGCUUAUUGAUGACACGCAUAAUUUGUUAAUUUGGAACCCAGAUAUAUUGGUGUCAGCAACAACUGUCUCUCAGCAAAUGGGGUGCCCUAGAAAAAGUGUACUAAUCAACCGGCUAAGUUUUCCUGGUGAAUCAUCUAUACCUUUAAUCGUAGGUAUUAUUAUUCAUGAAAUUUUCCAGGCUUGUUUCCAUACUGAAAAUUGGAGUAUGGACUAUAUGAUAGGUUUAAUGGAACUUGAAAUUCAAUCAAAACUACUACAAAUUUAUAGCAUUGGAAAUGAAGUAAACAAAGUGAAGACUGAAAUUCAGAAUCAACUACCGUAUCUAGAGACAUGGUUCAAGACAUACUUCAAGAAGCCAUUAUCAUCAAAUACCUCAAUUCCUACAAAUCAUGGGAAUCAGAAGGUAAUGUUUGCCGCUAAUAAAGCAUUAGAUAUUGAAGAAAACAUAUGGUCUCCCAUGUUCGGUUUAAAAGGAAAAGUAGAUGUAACCCUUGAAGGACAAUUGUAUGACCAAUCUACAAACGGUAAGUUUUUGCUACCUAUGGAAAUUAAGACUGGCAGAGAAUAUAUAAGUCACCAUGCACAGUCUUCUUUAUAUUCAUUAUUAUUCAAGGAUAGAUAUGAUAUGGAUGUUAAUAUGUUUUUAUUGGUCUAUACAAAGGAAAGAAUAUCUAAGAAAUAUGACAUAAGUCGUACUGAUUUAAAAUCUUUAGUCAAUUUGCGUAACAGAAUUACGAAGUAUUUUAAAUCUGGAACACGAGAGCUUCCAGAACUAAUAAAGCAAUCUCAAUGUGAUCGGUGUGAAGUACAACAGGCCUGUAUGACUAUAAAUAAAUUGGUGGAGAAUGGAACAGCUGAAGAGAGUGGAUUACCACAAGAUGUUUAUAAUGGCUUAACGUUCCAUUUGGAAAAUGAUGAAAAUUCCAGAGUAUUUUAUAAUUACUGGGAUAAUCUUAUAACCCAAGAAGAAGGAAUAAUGACGAACUUAAAAAAAGAUCUUUGGACCCUUACUGCUAAAGAACGUGAAAACACUAAGGGUAAAGCGUUAUCUGACCUUAUUAUCAAGGAGUCAAAUGAUAAUGACGAUUUUCAAGAGAAAUUUUUCUAUACCUUUGAAAGGCCUAAUAAUCCGCAAUCUUUGCAGAAUUCACAAUUAAUCAAGUAUGAUAGGAUCAUUAUAAGCGAUCAAGAAGGACACUUUGCAAUUGCACAAGGGUUUAUUACUGCCAUCAGACCGAGUUUCAUAAAAAUUACUGCUGAUAGGCGAAUUGUUAACUCGAACCUCAAAGUGGACGGUUUUAACGAGACGGAUAAUCAAACAUUCCAAAGUGUACUCCAUAAAAACUUGAAUUCCCAGAAACAGGAUAAAUUGUAUCGUAUAGAUAAAGACGAUAUGUUUCACGGAAUGGGAUUAGCCAGAUACAAUAUUUUAAAUUUAUUCUUGAAGGAUGGUGAUUCACGCAGAAGGGAAUCGAUUGUCAAUUUAAAAGAGCCAAAAUUUAUGCCGUCAAAGUUGCAAUAUGAUAUUUCUUCCGAAAAUUUCAAUAGUGAUCAAAUCGGAGCUUUUGAUAAGAUUCUUAAUACAAAGGACUAUUCGUUGAUACUAGGAAUGCCUGGAACUGGUAAAACCACUGUUAUCGCACAAAUCAUUAAAUUAUUGGUACAGAAUAAGAAGACUGUUUUAUUAGCCUCUUAUACACAUUCUGCUGUGGACAAUAUACUAUUGAAAGUUAAAGAUUACGGAAUUGAUAUCUUGAGAGUUGGAUCGCCUUUAAAAGUUCAUAAAGAUAUUAGAAAGUAUGUUGCAGGCUUUGAUACAGACAAACAAAUCAAAAACUAUGAUGAUUUUAUUGCAACAUACAUGACACCCCCGGUUGUGGCUGCUACAUGUCUAGGAAUUGGCGAUAUUGCAUUCAACUUGAGAACGCAUUUUGACUACUGUAUCAUUGACGAAGCCUCGCAAGUAUCGUUACCUAUUAGUAUCGGGCCUUUGCGGUUCUGCGACAAGUUUAUCUUGGUUGGUGAUCAUAACCAAUUACCUCCAUUAGUUCAACACCCAAACCCAGCUAUCAAGCAAGGCUUAUCCCGUUCUUUGUUCAAAAUAUUGAGUGAUACAUAUCCGCAGAGCAUUGCUGAAUUAACUUACCAAUACCGAAUGUGUGAAGAAAUCAUGUUGCUAUCAAACGUUUUGAUUUAUGGUGGACGCCUAAAAUGUGGUACGGAAAAGGUUGCAAAGCAAAGUUUAUAUAUUCCAAACCCCAAUAUGAUAGAAGAUCAAAUAUCUCCACAAUAUUCUUUAAAAUUACGAAAGGAAGAUCUAUGGAUUGAUAGCAUUUUAAAGCCAGAGAAUAAGGUGAUUUUCAUUAAUCAUGAUGAUGUCCCAGGAGUUGAAAGAACUAUUGGUGAAAAGGUAGAAAAUUUAACUGAAGUAGAUUUGAUUAAACAAAUUGUUGAAAGCUUAACGAUGUGUGGUGUGAAAGAAUCGAGCAUUGGAGUAAUGUCUUUGUACAGAUCGCAGUUAAGAUUGUUGCAUAGAGGAUUACUGCACAAACCAGAUGUUGAAGUAUUAACAGCCGAUCAAUUUCAAGGCAGAGAUAAAGACUGCAUUAUAAUUUCGUUGGUGAGAUCAAACAAGGACAAUAAAGUUGGCGAUCUUUUAAAAGAAUGGAGAAGAGUUAAUGUUGCGAUAACGAGAUCCAAGUCAAAACUAAUCAUCUUGGGUUCUAAAUCUACUUUAAAAAGUGUCAAAAUGUUAGAAGCAUUUAUGGCUCUUAUUGAAAGUAGAGGGUGGAUGUAUGAUUUACCCCCAUAUGCUGACAAGUUUUAUGAGUUUGCAUUUAUGGAAAGCCUUAGCAAUCCAGUGAGAAAUGUGAAAUCAAAAGUGAACCAAAACUUAACCCAAGAUUCGAGAAUUAUUAAUAAUAAUCCGCUUAUAAGAGAUAUAAUUAAUGACAUGACAAAUUAA